GAGCUGACUCUGCGUCGGCCGACCCCUUGGUGCUGGAGCAGUAUGUCGUGGUGGCGGACUACCAGAAGCAGGAGAGCUCCGAGAUCAGCUUGUGCGUGGGCCAGUUGGUGGAUAUCAUUGAGAAGAACGAAUCAGGCUGGUGGUUUGUGAGCACAUCGGAGGAGCAAGGCUGGGUGCCAGCAACCUGCCUGGAGGCCCAGGAUGGUGUCCAGGAUGAGCUCUCAAUGCAGCCUGAUGAAGAGGAGAAGUACACCGUUAUUUACCCAUAUACCGCAAGAGACCAGGAUGAAAUGAACCUGGACAAAGGAGCUGUGGUGGAGGUGAUCCAGAAGAACCUGGAGGGCUGGUGGAAAAUCAGGUACCAGGGCCAAGAAGGCUGGGCCCCAGCCUCCUACCUCAAGAAGGGGAAUGGAGAGAUGUUCUCACAGAAGCUGGGGCCAGGCUCCUCUGCUCAUUCGUGUGCCUUGGAUCUGGACGGCAUCUCCCGGCAGCAGGCCGUGGCAAGCCGGGAGAAGGACGGGCUGGCCGGACAGAGGGACGGGAGACUCGACAGCCGCGCCCUGCCCGGUGCCGACACCCGACGCAAGUCACCAAAGAUGAGGCAGAGACCUCCUCCUCGCCGAGAUCUCACCAUACCACGUGGUUUGAACCUGCCUAAACCUCCUGUCCCUCCUCAAGUGGAAGAGGAAUAUUACACCAUCGCUGACUUCCAGACCACUAUACCUGAUGGCAUCAGCUUCCAGGCAGGGAUGAAAGUAGAGGUUAUUGAGAAGAACCUGAGCGGCUGGUGGUACAUUCAGAUUGAGGAGAAGGAAGGCUGGGCCCCUGCCACGUUCAUCGACAAGUACAAGAAAACCAGCAACGCGUCCAGGCCCAACUUCCUUGCUCCGCUGCCUAACGAGAUGGCCCAGCUCCGGCUCGGCGACGCCCCGGCUGACGGCAGCGCCGGCGAGGAAGCCACCGGACCGUGCCGACCUCUGCCAGAGGCUCCUCCUAACGGUGCUGACUGUGGUGGGAAGUGGGCCAAAGACUGGAAGGGGAAGGAGGCUCCUGAGAGCGGCGACCUGGCAUUUGCUGGUGGGUAUGAGGAGAUCUCGGACCGCGACACAGAGGAGAAGCCCAGCUUGCCGCCCAGGAAGGAGUCCAUCAUUAAAUCAGAAGGCGAGUUGCUGGAGAGGCAGAGGCCUCCCCCCAAGCCCCCAGGCAUGAUUUUGCCCAUGAUCCCACCCAAGCAGUCUGCGGCCCCAAAGGACAGCAAGAAACCUGAGCUGAAGCCAGAGAAGGGUAAACUCUUCCAGCUGAAAAAUGAAAUGGGAUUGGAAUGUGGACACAAGGUGUCAGCCAAGGAAGUAAAGAAGCCAAACCUCCGGCCCACUGUCAAGCCAACCAAGCCAAAAGCUGAGCCUCCUGUGAAGGACAAGCCUGAGCCCAUUGCCCAGAAUCCGUUCCUGAAGUCAAGACCUCAGAUCAGGCCAAAACCUGCUGCAACUGCCCGGACCGACCCACCUUCAGGUGACGAUAAACUGGACAUCUGCAGCCUGCGGAGCAAGCUUAGACCUGCAAAGUGCCCAGAGAAACCCCCUGAGCAGGACACGGCUGCGCGCCCACAGCGCCCCGUUGUGCCACCCCGCAGACCACCCCCCCCAAAGAAAACAGGGGGUCCCGCCUCUGGCCCCGCGGCAGAGCUCAGGGCCCCAGCACGGGAAGCACCCGAAAUCAGGUGUUCGGCGGUGCCAGGUAGACCCAUGCUGGUUCCUCCAAAAGCCAAGCCCUUCCUCGCUGCCUCCUUCCAAGACGAAGCCAAAGCGAAAAGCGGCGUCAGCCCAAAGGUCAUAGCCAAGCCAGCGGAGAGAGCGGAAGCCAAGGAGAGGAGCCCAGCCCCUAUCUCCAGCCCAGACAUCGCCAGGGAAGCUCUCUACGUGGCAGUGGCGGAUUUUGAAGGUGACGAGGAGACCAACAGCUUUAAAGAAGGGACUUUGUUUGAGGUUCGCGAGAAGAACAGCAGCGGCUGGUGGUUUUGCAAGGUUCUGACUGGGGGGCCGUGCUGGGAGGGCUGGAUCCCUUCCAAUUACCUGCGGAAGAAGCCAUAG